AUGAAGGCCGCCACCGUCAUCUCCUGCCUUGCGGCCCUCGCCAACGGCGCCGCAAUCAACCUUGGCAAGCGGGCUGGGCCCCUCGACGUCAAGAUCGAGCAGGUCGGCAACAGCGAAUUGAAGGCCAGCAUUACCAACACCGGCACCACGCCCCUGAGGGUGCUCAAGGCUGGUUCGAUCCUUGACGGAUCCCCCGUUGAGAAGGCCCAGUUUUCCACGGCCUCGGCAGAUGGCGUCAACAAGGUUGCCUUCACCGGCGUCCGCGUUUAUGUCCACGAUGCUGACCUCCCCGACACCGCCUUCCGCACCAUCGCUGCCGGCGAGGUCGUCCAGGUCCAGUGGGACGCCGCCCAGGUCCACGACCUCAGCAGCGGUGGCGACUACAACAUCUCCAGCACCGGCUCCCUUCGCUACGCUGAGGAGGGCAGCAACAAGAUCGUCGGCCAGGUUGUUUUCGACUCCGGCGUUCUGCAGGCCAAGGUCGACGGUGUCCAGGCCGCCUCCGUCCAGGCCGCCUUCCACCAGAGUCUCGCUGAGAAGCGCGUGACCAUUCAGAGCGACUGCACUGGCUCCAAGAAGACCGCCGUCACGGCCGCCCUCUCCAAGGCCAAGAGCUACGCCACCGCGGCGCAGACCGCCGCGACUGCCGGCACCCGCGUCGAGCAGUACUUCGGCUCCUCUUCCUCGAGCACCAAGAGCACCGUCGCCAGCGUCUUCGGCAAGGCCGCCACCCUCCUCGGCAGCACGUCGAGCGGAGCCGGUCUGCACUGCACUGACGUCGGCAACUUCUGCAGCGACGGCGUCGUUGCCUACGCCCAGCCCGGCACCGACGGAUACAUCGUCGUCUGCGACUACUGGUUCCAGUUCCCUGCCUCUACCAGCACCUGCCACGGAGCCGACCAGCCCUACGUCCUGGUCCACGAGUCUACCCACUUGUCCGAGGUCGCCGGCACCGACGACGUGUGCUACGGCUAUGAGGGAUGCGUUGACGGCCUCAGCACCUCGCAGGCUCUGAACAACGCUGACUCCUUCGCCAUGUACGCCCAUGGCAUCCAGACCAACUGUUAA